AGGCUUUGCUGGGCGGGCCUAGGCUGCUGCAGUGCUUCGGGGCCCAGGAGCCGUGGGAGGAGUCGCCGGCCUCACCGUGGUAACCACAGCGCCGCGGCUGCCCCGCCUCGCAGGCCUCAGGACUGUCAUCGCCUUUGGCUGUGGGGUACUUUGGCCAGCGUCCCCGGAAAUAGCCCCGCCGGCCUCUCAGACACCCCCAUCCUCCCCGCGCCGCCGUCGCCGCCGCCAUGCAGGGGGAGGACGCCAGAUACCUCAAAAGGAAGGUUAAAGGAGGAAAUAUUGAUGUACAUCCAUCAGAAAAAGCACUCAUUGUUCAUUAUGAAGUGGAAGCUACCAUUCUUGGAGAAAUGGGGGAUCCCAUGUUGGGAGAACGAAAGGAAUGUCAAAAAAUCAUUCGUCUUAAGAGUCUCAAUGCCAACACAGAUAUAACUUCCCUGGCACGAAAGGUGGUUGAAGAAUGUAAACUCAUUCAUCCCUCAAAGCUAAAUGAGGUAGAACAGCUGUUAUACUAUCUCCAGAACCGCCGUGAUUCAUUGCCAGGAAAAGAAAAAAAAGAAAAAUCAAGCAAACCUAAAGAUCCACCUCCUUUUGAAGGAAUGGAGAUUGAUGAAGUUGCUAACAUUAAUGACAUGGAUGAGUAUAUUGAGUUAUUAUAUGAAGAUAUUCCUGACAAAGUUCGAGGUUCUGCUUUGAUCCUACAGCUUGCUCGAAAUCCUGAUAACUUGGAAGAGCUACUACUGAAUGAAACUGCCCUUGGCGCAUUAGCAAGAGUCCUGAGAGAAGACUGGAAGCAAAGUGUUGAGUUAGCUACAAAUAUAAUUUAUAUCUUUUUUUGCUUUUCCAGCUUUUCUCAGUUUCAUGGACUUAUCACUCACUAUAAAAUUGGAGCUCUGUGUAUGAAUAUCAUUGAUCAUGAAUUAAAAAGACAUGAGCUUUGGCAAGAAGAACUGUCUAAGAAGAAGAAAGCUGUUGAUGAAGAUCCAGAAAACCAAAUCUUGAGAAAAGAUUAUGAAAAAACCUUUAAAAAAUACCAGGGGCUUGUGGUAAAACAGGAACAGCUCUUACGAGUUGCUCUUUAUUUGCUUCUGAAUCUUGCUGAGGAUACACGUACAGAACUGAAGAUGAGGAACAAGAAUAUAGUUCACAUGCUGGUGAAGGCUCUUGAUCGGGACAAUUUUGAGCUGCUUAUUCUUGUUGUGUCAUUCUUGAAGAAACUCAGCAUUUUUAUGGAGAAUAAAAACGAUAUGGUGGAAAUGGAUAUUGUUGAAAAACUAGUAAAAAUGAUACCUUGUGAACAUGAAGAUCUGCUGAAUAUCACCCUCCGACUUUUACUAAACCUAUCCUUUGACACAGGACUGAGGAAUAAGAUGGUACAAGUUGGACUGCUUCCCAAACUCACUGCACUGUUAGGCAAUGAAAACUACAAACAAAUAGCAAUGUGUGUUCUUUACCACAUAAGCAUGGAUGACCGCUUUAAAUCAAUGUUUGCAUACACUGACUGUAUACCACAGUUAAUGAAGAUGCUCUUUGAAUGUUCAGAUGAACGAAUUGACUUGGAACUCAUUUCUUUCUGCAUUAAUCUUGCUGCUAACAAAAGGAAUGUACAGCUUAUCUGUGAAGGAAAUGGACUGAAGAUGCUCAUGAAGAGGGCUCUGAAGUUCAAGGAUCCACUGCUGAUGAAAAUGAUUAGGAACAUUUCCCAGCAUGAUGGACCAACUAAAAAUUUAUUUAUUGAUUAUGUUGGGGACCUUGCAGCUCAGAUCUCUAAUGAUGAAGAGGAAGAGUUUGUGAUUGAAUGUUUAGGAACUCUUGCAAAUUUGACCAUUCCAGACUUAGACUGGGAAUUGGUUCUAAAAGAGUAUAAGCUGGUUCCGUACCUCAAGGAUAAACUUAAACCAGGUGCUGCAGAAGAUGACCUUGUUUUAGAAGUGGUUAUAAUGAUUGGAACUGUAUCAAUGGAUGACUCUUGUGCUGCAUUGCUAGCCAAAUCUGGGAUAAUCCCUGCACUUAUUGAGUUGCUAAAUGCUCAACAAGAAGAUGAUGAAUUUGUGUGUCAGAUAAUUUAUGUCUUCUACCAAAUGGUUUUCCACCAAGCCACGAGAGAUGUCAUAAUCAAGGAAACACAGGCUCCAGCAUAUCUCAUAGAUCUGAUGCAUGAUAAAAAUAAUGAAAUUCGAAAAGUCUGUGAUAAUACAUUAGAUAUUAUAGCGGAAUAUGAUGAAGAAUGGGCUAAGAAAAUUCAGAGUGAAAAGUUUCGCUGGCAUAACUCUCAGUGGCUGGAGAUGGUAGAGAGUCGUCAGAUGGAUGAGAGUGAGCAGUACUUGUAUGGUGAUGAUCGAAUUGAGCCAUACAUUCAUGAAGGAGAUAUUCUCGAGAGACCUGACCUUUUCUACAACUCAGAUGGAUUAGUUGCCUCUGAAGGAGCCAUCAGUCCAGAUUUCUUCAAUGAUUAUCACCUUCAGAAUGGAGAUGUAGUUGGGCAGCAUUCAUUUCCUGGCAGCCUUGGAAUAGAUGGCUUUGGCCAGUCAGUUGGCAUUCUUGGACGCCCUGCUACAGCUUACGGAUUCCGCCCUGAUGAACCUUACUACUAUGGCUAUGGAUCUCGAUAAAGUCAUCCCUUUCCCUGUGUGCUCUCAGCUUAGAGGAGAUCUGUGCGGGCUAGCUUAACUUUGAAUCUUGGCCUAAUAAUGCAUGUUGAUAAUAUUGCGGUCUGUGUUUCUUUUUACUGUUCCAUGUGAUUAGCUCCAGAUUAACUUCAGCCCCUUCUGUCCUAUGUUAAGUAUACUUGAUACUUGACACUGUUCACUUAUCUUAAUGCUGAGUAACAUUUCCCCUAAGACUCAAAAGUGAAUGCUGAAAAGCAACUAGACUGGGAAACAAACUCUACAUUAUGUACAUUAAUUGACUAAUUUAAUUUCUAUUAAAAAGAAGCGUAAAGUACAAAUGAA